ACUUGUAACCUCGGCUCAUUCCUUUUGCUCGUACGUUAACAUCUAUGCAAUUUCCGUUACAGUCUCACGCAGAAGCACCCAGCGUUCAAGGCCAAACUAUUUUUGUUUCAGAAGAGUUUACGUUGGCGUGAUGCCCCACAAUCUGCGGAGUCGACAAGGUAGUCAUUGACGGAGGGCCGCAUGUCACGAUGGUGGUGCCUUCCUCCUACCUUGGAUGGUCAUGACCGUCUUCAACUCAAUGGUGGCCCUCCUCAGCUGACAUCCUUCGUGGCCAAGGUUGCCGCUCCACAAAACUGGCUCGCUAGCGCUCGAAACCCACAAGGACGCUCUUCGCUCUCGAGUACUAGCGUAGACGUUUAUCAUGGCUCACCACUACUCCGCAUUCAACAUACGCAUCAUCUUCUUCCUUACCCUCGGAAGCCUCACGUAUGGGUAUGCAUUCAGUGUCAUCUCUAAUACGCUCGGCGAGCCUGGCUUCCUCGCCUUCUUUGGUCUCGACGACGAUCCGGCCCGGGCGAACGCCAUCGAGGGUGCAGUCAACGGCAUAUUCUCAGCAGGGGGUGUGUUCGGCGCACUUACGGUCGCCUUCAUGUGCGACAGGUAUGGAAGGAAAGCGACGAUGAAUACGGCGGCGCUCGUUUCUGCCGUUGGAGGAGCGUUGCAGGCUGGUUCGGUCGACAUAGCUAUGUUCUUGGUAGCGAGGUUUAUCACGGGUGUGGGCAUCGGGAUGAUGGUGGUCCUCAUACCAAUUUAUCAAGCUGAGAUAUCCCCUCCGGCUUCGCGGGGCUUGUUAGUUGGCCAGCACGGAGCUUGGAUUGUGGCAGGCUACGCAAUCGCUUCAUGGGUUUGCGUCGGUACAUAUUAUUCUUCAAAUGCCAGCUUCCAAUGGCGCUUUCCCCUGGCUUUGCAGUGUGUCGCUCCUCUGUUUCUUCUCGGGUGCAGCCCGUGGAUACCAGAGUCACCGAGAUGGCUUCUCAUGAAGGGCCGUUCUGACGAGAGCUGGAUAAUCGUUGCAAAACUUCAUAUCGAUAACAGGGACCUUCUGGAUGUGCAUGAAUCCUCAUUUGCGAAACAAGAGUUCCAUCAAAUGCAGAAGCAAGUCGAGAUGGACUCGCGAGCAUGGCGAGCUGGCGGCGGGAUGCGACAAACAUACGCCCGGGCGUCGUUUCGCAAGCGGUUCCUCAUUGGCUUCUUUACUCAGUACUCGGCACAGGCCACAGGUGCCAUGGUCGUAAAUAACUACAUCAUCAAACUGUAUGAAGAUCUUGGGCUAACCGGCGGGAUGACUCUCAUCCUUGGUGCUCUUUACGUGACCGUCGCCACAGCGGCAAACUUCUUGGCGUCAUUCAUCAUGGACUACGUGGGACGCGUCCGCCUACUUAUCAUCGGUCUCACAGGGUGCAUGGUCUCCUUGAGCCUUCUAUCUGCGAUGGAGGCACAGUUUGCGGGCACAACAAACCGGGUAGGAAACUCUUUAGGCGUCCUCUUUGUUUUCACCUUCAUAUUCUUUUACGCCGGAGGCAUCGACGCAACGUCCUACGUCUAUUGCUCCGAGAUUUUUCCGACCCAUGUACGCUCUCAGGGGAUGGCGUUUUCGCUGAUCGGCACCUUCCUCUCAACAAUCGUGUUCCUAGAGGCAGGCCCAACGGCACUUGCGAACAUCCAAUGGAGGUACUACAUCAUGUUCAUUUGUCUGACACUGCUGGACAUAAUCAUUAUAUGGACAUAUUUCCCCGAGACGAAGGGUUUGUCACUGGAGGAAAUCAAUGCACGUUUUGGUGAUGAAGUGGCGGUACACUUCUCCGGACCGGAUGCUGAGAAGCCGGGGCAUUCAACAAUACCGCCAACACCACCUGAGGAGCUGAAAAUGGAUGUACAACACCAGGAGAGCGCUCCAUAG